UAUCAGGGGCCCGUUAUUGAACGCAUGCGCCAGCAGACGAGCAUUCGGUUGUAAGGGAAGCUUGGAAAAUGGCGGACUCGUUGAGACGAUUGGUGAAUAUUGGGACUUUUACAGUUCUACAGGAUAAGCUAGAAAAGUGGCUGAGUGAUUAUUAUAUCAACACCUGCGACCAGAAUGUCGCUCGAGGCUGCGAGAUCAUCGAGCUCAACGCCAAGGUGCAGGGCCAGCUCUUCAAGCUUCUCAGCGUCUGUGCAUCAGAUGGAGGAAUGUACGGAGGUGCCAACAUCAUCAAGUCUCGUCUGCUGCCCUGGCUGGGCCAGAACUUCUUCACAUCCGGCGGCAGCGUGACAGCCGACACCAGUCUGUCUGUACUAGCCGAGGCAUCUGCCAAGGACCGGGAGUUCAACGACCUCCAGGACAUGUACGAAAAAUCCAUGGAUGACCUCGAGCGGGACCUCCAGUCCAUGAAGACCGAGAAUCAAGAUCUCAGGGAUGAAUUGGCCGACACUAAGGUAGAACUAGACAGAAGUAUGCGAGCCUCCACCAGCGAAAAAAUGUUCACUGAUGUAGAGACUCAGGAGUUGAGGAGAAAACUUGCAGCUGCAGAGGAAGAGUGCAAGACUCUGCGAAACAAAGCAGGUCUUUUAAAUGAUUAUCAGAGUGAGGUUCGGCGCUUAAGGGACGAUAUAGCCCUCCUCACAGCUAGGCGAGACGUCUUACAGCGCUUACCCCCCAAAGAUAUUUCGUAUGAUGUCAAUGGGCUAGCUGAUGCACAGGAUGAAAUAGCCAAGUUACGAGUUAGGGCAGGCCUUGUGGAUGAUUAUGAGAGAAAAAUGCGGAAUCUGAGAGACGAAUUGUCGCUCUCCUAUGGGAAAAGGGACUACAACCUGUCGGACAGCUUGACCUCGUACCGCUACACCUCCAGGAUCACAACCCCGCUGGCGAUCGAUGACCCCGUGCAGCGAGUCCGCCAACAGAACCUGGUGGCCAGAUUCAACGACAUGUUCGCUCAGGAUCGUCUUGACGCCCUUGACACUCUCAGGCGCUACUCUGACGAUCACGAGAACAACCAGAGAAUCAUCUACACUGCUAUCUCAGAAGCCUUCAGCACGGCCAAGCUUGCAUUCCGCCAGUUCAAGAUGAAGGUGCGAGCCAAUCUGGCCAAGACUCACUACGGCCCUGAGACGCUGGAGGAAGCCGUGCAGGACUACGUCAACCGCAACAGCGACCUCUACGACCUGCCUGGCAUGGUGUCUGAUGUGAUCCGUGCCCUCAACCGCAAUCCCAAGAUCUUCCUGCCUCCUGAUGCCACCUUUGCCAUCGUCCAGCCCUUCAUCCGGGAAGCCUGCAAGCUGGCGUGGCAGAUGAGUGCUCUGGCCCACCCCAUUGACAUCGCUGCCUCCACUGACGCUGAGCUUUUCGACGACAACAAGUACCGUCGCAGCUACGACUCGGAGUACUCUGCCCCCUUAGUGAACCAUCACAUCUGGCCCUGUCUCAUGCAGGGGAUCAAGACCCUCGUCAAGGGGGAGGCUCUGACCCGCCGCGGGGCCUCGCUUAGUUCAUCAGGUCGAAGAAGUCGCAGCCCUACUCGUGCCCUCAGCCCUACUCGUGCCCUCAGCCCCUCCCGUGCCUUCAGCCCCAGCUUCAGGUCGCGGUCCGUGAGCCCCCUUCGUCGGAGUCGCUCCCCCAGCCCACGUCGCUGCCUCAGUCCCCUGGGUCGACGUAGCCCCACAGGCGACAUCGUAACGAACCAUUCACGACGAUACACCUAUACUUAUAAAUGCACAAGUCGGUAAACUUCUUCAAGUCCAAGAAUAGACAAUUUAACCCUUAGUAUCACAAGACAUUUGACUAACCACCUCUUAGAGAAUUGUAUACCAGUUUCCAGACGACGUCUGUAUCGUAUUGAUGACUAUAUAUGUGUGAGUGUGGAGAGGUACAGUGUAGAUUGUUUCAGGAGUAGGAUAGGUGAAGUUGUCGUACUCUGAAAAGGUACUUUGACAUCGGAAAGAGCUGUUGAAAGAACACUGGUAUUUAAAUGAUGCUUCCAUUUUUUAAGCUUUAAUAACUAAAUAUGAAAAAGAAAAUGUAAAUGUUGAACAUUUUAUUACUUUGUCACUCAUUACACAAGCCUUGUGUGUUGAAAUUGUUUAAGAUAGUAAAAUAUUUCCUUAUUGAAAUAAUUUGUUUGCAUAUUCUCUAGCUUGAUACGAGAUCUAACAGUUUGUUGAAUACAGAAAUAGAUCAAGGUUAUUUCUGUAGUUCUCACUAGAGGUAUGAUUAGUGCUACACAUUUUGCUUGAUGACGACUUCGAUUCAUCACUAACAACUUGAAUUCAGCUUAACAGCACACGUCACCUUUUCAUCUUAAAUGGCAACUUACUUCUCAAUUUGAUAAUUUUGAAAAUAUAAUGUCAAAUUAAAUUGAACAAAUUAUAACUUAUUUUCUAAAUCUUGAAAAAUUAGAAUGUAGGACAUAACAUAUUCUCUAUGAGGUCUUGGCAAUUAAAUUUUUGUUUUGUUUUUAAAAUUUAUUGAUCACAAGAGUUGGUUGCCAUUUAAUACCAGUUUUGUUUAACUACAUAUUCAUAUUAAAAAUACAUUCUUAAUGGUAUUGAUUCAAGAAAUACAAUGUGAGUGUAUCUGAAGAGUUAUUUUCUUCCAUUUCAGACUACUAGCAAGUUAACUAGGACUGCCAUGCUUGUCAGUGACACUGGUAGUAGCAUCUGUUCAAUGUCUCCAUAUACUCGUAACCCAGCUCACCUUUUUCAGAAUACAUCCAUAGUCAACUUCACACCACAAACACAAGCAAACAGGAACCCAAAUCUUCCCUCUUGAGCACCCACCCUCUUCCCAGUCCCGACACUGAACAUACACACAAGAGUUGGAAUAAAAGCGUUGAUAUCAGAAUGUUUGCUUGUGUUUGUCCAGUAUUUAUAAGUUAUAUUAGAGUUCAAAAUGACCACCCUGCGUGGUUCAUACUGAUCCGUCCAGAUCUGACUGUGAUAUGUUUGAAAUUCUUGUCAACUAAUCCCCAUGUAUUUUCUGUUUUUAACCACAGGUUCUCCCAGUAGACGCUCUAUCCUCCGUUCUUCAAAAGCUUUACGAUCUAUUUCGCCUAAAUCUUUUUAGUCGCUGUGCAUGUUUCAGUCCUGCUUCUAGAGCUAUGCUAGACGUUUUUGUAAAUCUGUAAACAGAAAUUGCUUUUGUGUGAUGGUCAGAUAAUUUGUAAUGGGCCAAGUUUCUGAUCCUUCUUUUACCCUUUCAUUCUGCUGUCUCAUUUCUUUUGCUUUUUGGAUCUGUUAGUGCUGCAAGAGUUAUCUGCCCUUGGUGAAAGGUUGUGGGAAAUGCUGCUGUAAUUUCUGAGCUUUUUAGAAGUCACUACAGAGUAAAUAUUAGCGAAUAAAUAUGAAUUUGUUUCUAAUUACAAUGUACAUCUUAACCUAAAUAUCAGUUUAAUACUUUUGCUACUUAAAUCUGUCUCAAGUGUGAAUAUAUCGAUUAUUAAUACUGUAUUUUAAUAUCCACUUUGUUCUAAUGCUGUACUAACGAAAUGUUUGAUAUGAAUAUGAUUGCUUGGUUAUUUGUUUCACUGAUACAAUUUGACAUCCUCAAUCAGCAUUCAUGUGUGACUAUGUAUUUGGAAGUGAACACAAUGUACUGGGAUAGAGAGAGUUUUCAUGUAGUUCUGUAGGUUUAUAUUGUAAUUACAUGAUUGAUAUUUUGUAAGUAUUGUAAUAUUUAUACUGCAGAUUGUUCUCUCCAAUGCACCUUCCUAUUUAAAACAUUGAAAUUAUUUGUAAUAAAAUCUAUAGUUAAUUAUAUUUCCA